AUGGUUAAAGGAAACAGCACUGUGGUCACCGAGUUCCUCCUUCUGGGCAUCUCCAGUAAUCCACAAAUGCAGAUCAUAUUCUUCGUGGUGUUCCUGAUCAUCUACCUUGUCAAUGUUGUGGGAAACCUGGGCAUGAUCCUCCUGAUCUCACUUGAUGCCCACCUCCACAACCCCAUGUACUUCUUCCUGUGGCACCUGUCGUUCUGUGACAUCUGCUACUCAUCUGCCAUUGCCCCCAGAAUGUUGUCUGACUUUAUAUCCAAAGACAGGACCAUCUCUUUCCCUGGGUGCGCUGCCCAGUUCUACUUCUUUGCUGCUUUUGUGGAUGCUGAGUGCUACAUUUUGGCAGUGAUGGCCUAUGAUCGCUGUGUGGCCAUUUGCAGUCCAUUGCACUAUUCUUCUGCCAUGUCCAAGUCCCUCUGUGCCCGACUCUUACUGGGCUCCUAUCUUGCUGGCUCAGCAAAUGCUGUAAUACACACAACAGGGACUUUCAGCCUGCAUUACUGCCACUCCAACCUUAUCGAUCACUUUUUCUGUGAUGUUCCUCCACUCCUGGCAAUCUCUUGUUCUGACACCCGCGUCAAUGAGAUCCUGCUUUUUUGGAAUCAGAGCACAGUGUCAGAAUUCAUUCUUGCAGGAUUCACGGGCGAUCCACUGCUCCGCAUAUCUCUUUUUGUGCUGUUUCUAACCAUCUAUGUGAUCACUCUUCUGGGAAAUUUUGGAAUGAUUGCACUGAUUCGUCUUAACACCCAUCUGCAAACACCCAUGUACUUUUUCCUCAGCAACCUGUCUUUCUCAGAUCUCUGUUACUCUUCCACUAUUGUCCCCCAAGCACUGGUGAAUUUCCUGGCUGAGAAGAAAGCUAUUUCAUUCAUUGGUUGCGCCACCCAGUUUUACUUCUAUGCUGUGUUUGCUACUGUAGAGUGCCAGCUACUGGCUGCCAUGGCCUAUGACCGCUACGUAGCAAUCUGUAACCCUCUACUGUAUUCUGUCGUCAUGUCCAAGAAGGUUUGUCUUUGGCUAGUCCUGGCAUCAUACCUGGUGGGAUGUGCCAAUGGCAUGAUACACACAAAUACCACCUUCCGGCUUCCCUUCUGCAGCUCCAAUGUCAUCAAACACUUUUUUUGUGAUGUACCCUUAAUUCUGGAGCUUUCCUGCUCCGACACUACGCUCAACCGCAUCCUGCUUUUUGUGAUCUCUUCCCUGAUAGGUCUUUGCUCCUUCCUCACCAUUCUUAUAUCUUACGUCUAUAUCCUCAUCACCAUCCGAAGGAUCACCUCAACCGAGGGAAGGAAAAAAACCUUGUCUACCUGUGCUUCCCACUUGCUGGCCGUCAGCUUGUUCUAUGUCACCAUCCUUUUCAUCUACCUGAAGCCCACCUCAAGCUACUCUGAAGGGCAAGACCAAGUUGCUGCUGUCUUCUAUACCAUGGUGAUCCCCAUGGUGAACCCUCUGAUCUACAGCUUGAGGAAUAAGGAAGUGCAGAAGGCCUUGAGAAGGGUAACAAAGAAGAAAGGGGUUUCCAUUGACGCAUGA